AUGUCGUAUCAGGGAAUCCACAUACCUAGCCAGUGGUCGGAGGCGGCGGAGUCGAUAACCUUUGCCUCGCCACCGUCGCACCCACCUAUCAUCUUCAUCUGCGGACCUAAGAACACCGGCAAGAGCACCUUCGCCCGCCAUCUCGUCAACGUGCUUCUCCAGAGGUGAGGGGCGGCUUUUUCCCACGUUGUCUCUCCGUACUUGAAUUUUCUGCCGCCGAUAGGAACAUAGGGUUUCCUCUCCUUCAUGCUUCCCUAAUCGUCGAAGAAAAAUUUUAGACACACUCAGGUGGCUCAUUUGGAUACGGACGUUGGCCAGCCGGAGUUCACACCGCCUGGGUGCCUCUCCCUCCAUGUUCUUCACGAGCAGAGCAAAGGCACCUUCUCUCCCGCUCAGUCAACCAAUUUGAUCUCUCUCUCUCUCUCUCUCUCUCCAAAUCCUUCCCCACUCUCCUCAAGUCUGUACUUUUGUUCUCUUCUGAGACUUUUAGUUUCCAUUUCAAUUCACAGAUUUGACUGUCGUUUCCAUCAAGACACCACUGAGGUGAGUUCCAGCACCCUUUUUUUGGAAAUUUUCUAUUACUGCAUCAUUAAUUAGUACCCAAAGUUACUGCCCAUGUUAAUCUUUCUGAUGUUCUUGGGCGUAGCUAGAAUCAUGCAACAUAAUUUUUUGCUAGUUGAACUUUUUUUUUUUAUCGAGUUUCUGACUGGUAAUUAUAACCAAGUUGAGAGUGGGCAUUUGCCCUAGUGGGUGAAUGGCAUUGCUCUUCUAGUUUAUACAAUUGUUUGAUUGAUCAUACCAUUUUUUUUUGCAACUUUUAUCCGAUGUGAUGAUCUUCGAUGCUCUCAAUCACCAGUUUCAUUUUCCCAAUGGUGGUAACAAUAGUUCUCUCUUUCAGGUGCCACUUCUUUGGUGACAUUUCCUCAAAAAGGGAUCCAAAAGCUUAUUUAGAUCGUAUUUUCCAUCUAUAUGACUACUUCCACAAGGAGCAUCGAUUUAAAAAGCUUGAAAAAUCUGGGAAGUCUGUGCCGCCGCUCGUCAUCAAUACACCCGGGUGGGUGAAAGGUAUGUUAUCAUCUUGAAUUUUCUAAAUUAAGCUUAAAGUUUGAAGUUGUUCCUGCCUGUAGAGCGAAUGGAAUCUGAUGAUAUUAUGACAUCAACUUAGAACUGUGGGUACUUAUUUAAUCCCAGUUUUUUUUUUUUCUCAGGCAUUGGCUAUGAUCUGUUGGUUGAUAUGAUCAAAUAUAUGAAACCCACCCACGUUGUCCAGAUCCGCACCACUUCAGAGAAUAAGAAUCUACCAUAUGGUGCAUUCUGGUCAGAUGGAACCCUAGAGGAGAAUGUGAACUUGAUAGAUCUCUUCGCUCCAUGCACUGACUCUUUCAAUCAAACGUAAGUUCACUGUGCAUUUAUUCUUUCUCUCUCCCAUUCCCACACCCCUCAUCCUUCUUUAUGAAAGAUGUGUUUUAGUUUCACACAGGAAAUUGGUUCUUGUUGCUCCUGUGAAAAUUGAUGCAAAGUUUAUUUUUGCUUGUAAAAUGGUAAUUUUUUAUAAUCAUAGCUAUUAUCAGUUAUCUAAAUCAUGUAUGACUAAAUCAUGGAGGAUUGUAUAUGUUGAUGUUAUUUUAUUAUCAAGGAGAAAAUGAAUACUGACAUAAUCAUUAUUUUUCUAUAAAAUAUCUCUUUUUUUUUUUUGUACUUUCCAGUCAUCUGAAUCAUGUAAGAGUAAAAGAUUGAAGAUCAUGUAGGAAUUUAGUCCCUUGUUGACGUCGCUUUUUUUUUUUCUUUUUUUUUCUUUUUUUUUCUAAAAAAAUAUCGCUUGUGAUUAAAACAUUGCAGAGUACUAAUUCAGAAGCAGGCCCUCACUCUGAGAGACAACCGAAUAAUCGCCUACUUUCAGCAAUGCGUCCCGAUCGGCAUGAACAUUUCUACUCGCAAGGAGCUUGCCCAUGCCUUGGCUUCCAUUCCUCCGUAUGAAGUUUCUAUUUCAGGAACUAAGGUUCUUCAUCUGCAUUGCAAUGUAAGUUUGGAUCGUAUGGGGAAUGAAGAGGAGCAGUACUUUUCAUCAUUUUUAUUAAUCUUUCGGCUCAUAAAUUAGGUUCCAAGCAGCGAGAUUUUCCACAGUUUAAAUGCAACAAUCGUUGGUUUGGCUGUCAGUUCUUCAGAACCUACAGGCUCCAGAAAUCACUUGCCUUGGUGUGUGGGACUCGGUAAGCUUUCUUCUCAUAUCUGAAACCCGUCUAGGCCACUUCGCACGAUCUUUGUUUGGCACUGAGUGCACCAGUCCAUACGUCCAGUGUGGCCAAAGAGGUCAACUUGAUAACUGCAAGGUGCCGAAUACAGAAGGUCUGGGUCCUUCUAUAGAGACUGGGCCCUUGGGGUGAUUAAUCCCACAACUAUCUAAUCAUUGGAGGAUGCCAUACUAGUGACAUCAUUUGUCUCUCUUGCCCUUGGCCCCCAUACCAUGUCUCCCUGCGCCCGUAUCUUGCCGCCGUGUGCCUCUGCUGUGCCAUCGCGUGCACACGCCGUGCCGUCAUGGGAUUCCUGUAUCAGGGAAAAAAAAAAUCUAGAUUGUUGCAAUCUGCAGCACCAGGAAUAGAGUUCUCUGUUUCAGCUGGGUUUGAAGAACAGCAGCAGCAGCUCUUCCUUGUCCAUUGGUACCCUGAGCUAUAUCCCAUUUGUUCGCAGCCCCCAAUAUGGGCAUCCAGUUCUAGAAGAUUAUCCUCCUCUGGGUUGACUUUUGGCAAGGUCUUAGAGGGUUUCUCUAAGAUAUUCUCGUCAUGAUAUUCAGGGCAUUGGGCAUCCUUCGUUUUUGGUCAAUCACAGCACCAGAUUUUGUAUGAUUUCAUCCCUCUAAUGUUGGUCAUUCAGGGAUCGUUCGAGGCGUUGACCUUGUGAAGGAUCUGCUCUAUGUGAUCACGCCUGUCCCUCUUUGCCAUCUGGAGAAGGUCGAUCUUCUGCUACAGGGGCUCAUCAGAAUCCCCACUUGCCUGCUGCAGGUAGUCAAAUCUUGCUCCCUGCCUUAUUAAAUCUCACCCAUCAUCAUCUGACCGUUAGUUUCGGGAUCCUACUGUUUUUCAUAUUUUGAUAGACUUUGACUUUUUCCAUUAUUAAUGUGAUGAGGGUGCGGCUCAUGGUGAUUAAUUUGGUUCUGGUUUCUUCCCAUUUCUGUGUGCGUUGACCACCAGGUGAGAGGAUGCAUGUGCCCCUACAUGUCCACAAACGUCUUGAACAAGCUGGACCCCUCGGGGAUGAGUUCCUAA